UUAGAACAGAGAGCCAUGCAUAUAUUAUCUAAUACAAUUUUCUCAUUUUAUAAAUUAUGUAAAUGAGGAAACUGAGACCCAGCAAGGUUAUAGGACCCACAACCUAAUCUGUGUUAGAGGGAUGAGAGUGAGGCUUAUGCUGGGAGUUGCGAUGGUCUGUAAAUGUGAGGAUAAGGAACACGCCAUUCACCGUUGUGUUCCACCUCCUAGUCCAGUGCCUGGUGCAAAGUAGGGGCUUCAUAAACAUUGGUCACAGGCCUGAUGGAGGGACUGAUUUGAGUGAAUGUGUCCACGGAUGAUGCAUCUGUACUUUAUGUUCCCUGCUAGUCAGAUGGACUCAUACAUGCUCCAUUUCAGGUUUAUCUCAUCUGGGAUAUUAUAUUAGAGGGUUCUCUUUAUGUGCCAUGACCGAGUAGCGUUUUCUUCCACUGAAGUAUUGCUUCCUCUUUGUUGAUGUCACAGGACAAACAUCAGAACACUUACAGGAUGUGUGUAGCAUGGCAUGACAGAGAACUUUGGUUUCCUUUAAUGUGACUAUAGACCUGGCAGUGUUAUUAUAAGAAUCGUUGGCAGUCAGACACCCGGGUGUGCUGAGCUAGCACUCAGCGGGGGCGGCCACCGCUCAUGUGAUUGUGCAGAAGACAGCUGGAAGAAGUACCCAGUCCAUUUGGAGAGUUAAAACUGUGCCUAACAGAGGUGUCCUCUGACUUUUCUUCUGCAAGCUCCAUGUUUUCACAUCUUCCCUUUGACUGUGUCCUGCUGCUGCGGCUGCUGCUACUUACAAGGUCCUCAGAAGUGGAAUACAUAGCAGAGGUGGGUCAGAAUGCCUAUCUGCCCUGCUUCUACACUCCAGCCCCGCCAGGGAACCUCGUGCCCAUAUGCUGGGGCAAAGGAGCCUGUCCUGUGUUUGACUGUGGCAAUGUGGUGCUCAGGACUGACAACAGGGAUGUGAAUGAUCGGACAUCCAGCAGAUACUGGCUAAAGGGGGAUUUCCACAAAGGAGAUGUGUCCCUGACCAUAGAGAAUGUGACUCUAGCAGACAGUGGGGUCUACUGCUGCCGGAUCCAAAUCCCAGGCAUAAUGAAUGAUGAAAAACAUAACCUGAAGUUGGUUGUCAUCAAACCAGCCAAGGUCACCCCUGCACCAACUCUGCAGAGAGACUUGACUUCAGCCUUUCCAAGGAUGCUUACCACCGGGGAACAUGGCCCAGCAGAGACACAGACACUGGGGAGCCUCCCUGAUGUAAAUCUGACACAAAUAUUCACAUUGACCAAUGAGUUACGGGACUCUGGAGCAACCAUCAGAACAGCCAUCUACAUCGCAGCAGGGAUCUCUGCUGGGCUGGCUCUGGCUCUUAUCUUUGGCGCUUUAAUUUUCAAAUGGUAUUCUCAUAGCAAAGAGAAGACACAGAAUUUAAGCCUCAUCUCUUUGGCCAACAUCCCUCCCUCAGGAUUGGCAAAUGCAGUAGCAGAGGGAAUUCGCUCAGAAGAAAACAUCUAUACCAUUGAGGAGGGCGUAUAUGAAGUGGAGGAGCCCAAUGAGUAUUACUGCUAUGUCAGCAGUGGGCAGCAACCCUCACAACCUUCGGGUUGUCGCUUUGCAGUGCCAUAGAUCCAACCACCUUAUUUUUGAGCUUUGUAUUGUCUUUUUCAGAAACUGUGGGCUGUGUCAGCUGACUGGUUUUGGAGGUUCUGUCCCCUGCCAUGGAGCAGAGUUUUCCCAUUUUCGGAAGAUAAUGAGUCACAUGGGAAUUGAACUGGGACCUGCCCUGAACUUAAACAGGCAUGUCAUUGCCUCUGUAUUUAAACCAACAGAGUUACCCAACCCAGAGACUGUUAAUCAUGGAUGUUAGAGCUCAAACGGGCUUUUAUAUACACUAGAAAUUCUUGACGUGGGGUCUCUGGAGCUCCGGGAAAUUAGGGCACAUCUUAUGUCCAUGAAACUUCAGAUAAACUAGGGAAAACUAGGUGCUGGGGUGAAUGCAUAACUUUUUUGGCACAGAAAGUCUAAAGGGGCCACUGAUUUUCAAAGAGAUCUGUGAUCCAUUUUUUUGUUGUUGUUUUUUGAGACGGAGUCUCACUGUGUUGCCCAGGCUGGAGUGCAAUGGCACAAUCUUGGCUCACUGCGACCUCCGCCUCCUGGGUUCAAGUGAUUCUGCUGCCUCAGCUUCCCCAGUAGCUGGGAUUACAGGCAUGCACUAACACACCCAACUAAUUUUUUGUAUUUUUAGUAGAGACAGGGUUUCACCAUGUUGGACAGGCUGGUCUCGAACUUCUGACCUCGUGAUUCACCCGCCUCAGCCUCCCAAAGCACUGGGAUUACAGGCGUGAGCCACUGCAUCUGGCCAG